AUGACAUUUCUUUCAAAUAUGUUACGUGAAGAAGGUGGUUAUGAAUAUCAAAAGGCAAUUGUUAAUACAAUUAUUUCAAUUGUUGAAGAAAAUCCUGAAGCAAAAGAAGCAGAUUGUGAACAUACAUCAUUAGCUACUCGUAUUCUUCAUUUAUUGGGUCGUGAAGGACCACGUACAACAACACCAGCAAAAUAUAUUCGUUAUAUUUACAAUCGUGUUAUUCUUGAAAAUGCACCUGUUCGAGCUGCUGCUAUAAGUGCAUUAGCUAAAUUUGGUACAGCUUCAGAAGAUUUAUUACCAAAUAUUUUGGUACUUUUACAACAAACAACACUCGAUCAAGAUGAUGAAGUUCGUGAUCCAAUGAAUGUAUCAUUAUCAUCACUUGAACGUCUUUUACAUCGUUAUACAAUUGAACCAACAACAAAACCAUUUGAUGUUCGAUCUGUACCUGUUGAAGCAGUUCCGGUUGAACAACAUAAAGAUAUUAGUAUUGGUGUUGGUCUUUCACGUCCAGGAAUUGAAUCGAAAACAAAUCGAGAAGAUACUUAUGAUGAACAAUUAUCUGCUAUACCAGAAUUUGCUCAUUUGGGUCCAAUAUUCAAAUCAUCAUUACCAGUUGAUUUAACUGAAAGUGAAGUUGAAUAUGUUUUUGAUAUCAAUAACACACUAAAUGAUCAAUUAUUAGAACGAGUAACUGUUCAAAUCGAUGGAUCAGCUGAAGGUUUUGAAGUUGUCCAUUAUACUCCUUGUCAAGUUAUUAAAUGUAAUGAUACGGGUACAACUUAUACAUUAGUUAAAUUACCUGAUGAUUCAUCAGCUGUAACUGGUACAUUAGCAUGUACAAUGAAAUAUACAGUUAAAGAUUGUGAUCCAACGACGGGUGUAUCAGAUGAUGAAGAAGGUUAUGCUGAUGAAUUUCUUGAAGAUAUUGAAAUAACAGUUAGUGAUCAUGUACAAAAAGUACUUAAACCAAAUUGGUCUGCUUCAUGGGAAGAAAUUGGAGCUGAAAAUGAACUUGAAGAUACAUAUACAUUAUUAAUUCCAACACUU